GUAAAAGCGCCGCCGCCGCCGCCGCGGAUGUCCCUUUCCGAGAGAGCGCAGGUCUCCGGUAACCGGGAGAGGCUGAGGUCGGUGCCCCGGAGCCGCUAGUCAUGGAGGAGGCGGGCUGCCUGGAUAGUCUGUCGGAGCUCUUGGAGGAGUUCUCCCGGGCCCAGUUCCGAGCCAAGGACCCGAAUCCGAAGGUGGAAAAUAUUGAAAAGCGCUGUUUGGAAUUAUUUGGGAAAGAUUAUUGUUUCAGCAUCAUCCAGAACGCAAAUGGGGAGCUUUGCAGUCAUUACCCGCGACAAAUCGUCUUCAUGGAGUAUGAGAGUGUUGAGGAAGACAAAACCAUGUUUGAGAGUACCGUACAAGUCGGCAAGCUGCAAGAUCUCGUGAAUCGCAGCAAGAUGGCACGUUGCCGAGGGCGCUUUGCCUGUCCGGUCAUACUCUACAAGGGAAAGCAUAUUUGUAGGUCGGCAACUCUGGCUGGAUGGGGGGAGUUAUAUGGCAGGACUGGUUACAACUACAUUUUCUCAGGGGGCUCAGAUGAUGCUUGGGCAGAUUCGGAAGUUGCAGAAGAUGACGCUGCAGUCAGAAAUGGAGAUUCACAACUCUUUGACAAAGUUCGUGGCCAUGAUAUCAAGUUGUUACGAUACCUCUCCGUUAAAUACAUUUGUGAUUUAAUGGUGGAGAAUAAAAAAGUGAAGUUUGGAUUAAAUGUGACCUCUUCUGAGAAAGUGGAUAAAGCUCAACGCUAUGCAGACUUUACGCUCCUGUCUAUCCCUUACCCAGGCUGUGAAUUUUUUAAAGAUUAUAAAGAUCGGAAUUAUUCUGCUGAAGGGCUUGUUUUUAACUGGAAACAGGAUUUUGUUGAUGCUCCUCUAAGUAUUCCCAGCACUCUGACCAGAAACCUUAACAUUGAUUGGAGUGCGUAUCAGAGCUGGGACUUGGUGAAGCAAACCCAGAAUUACCUGAAGCUUCUCAUCCAUAUCAUAAACAGUGAUGACAACAAUGGCCUCCUUGUACACUGUAUUUCUGGCUGGGAUCGCACCCCACUGUUUAUUUCUCUCUUGAGACUCUCUCUCUGGGCUGACGGUAUGGUUCACAACAACCUGAAACCUGUAGAGAUUCUGUACCUGACGGUUGCAUAUGACUGGUUCCUCUUUGGACACUUGUUGGUUGAUCGUCUAUGUAAAGGCGAAGAGAUCUUUUUCUUCUGCUUCAAUUUUUUGAAGCACAUAAUUUCUGACGAGUUCUCCUCAGCUGGGAGGAAAGUACGGCGGAAAAGUUCCCGAGAACCUGCUUUAUCGUUGGAAGACUUCUGCAUGUUGAAACGCAGGGAUCGUGGCAGCGCCACUAGUCUCAGCAGCGACUUCUCUGUUAUUACUGAAGAUCUACCUGGUUCUUCUGCAAACACGAACACAGAAAUGGUAGAUACUGUGACCUCUGGAGCCCAAGGCCACGCAGUUUGGAAACGAACACACAUUUCCUCUCCCCAAUCUGUGGUUUGGAGUAAAUUACCAUACUCUGCAGAGGAACGACUGCUGCAGCCAGCUAUGAUUGAAGCAAAGUCUUCUAGUUCUUCUUCUUCUAACCAUUCUGACCACUUCCUGCGAGCCGGAAGCAGCCCUCUGGAGGUGCCACAACGCAGGUGGGACAUGGGACCUGCCUUUGGCCUAUCUCCAGACCUGUCUCAGCCUGGAUCUUCCGUCUCUACAGAUUAUGGAAGCUGGCAGAUGGUAACAGAGGGUGGGAGUGUACAUGACCAUGGUAUCCUGAGUGCAAGCGCUUUCCUUCCCUUCAGCUUCUCUGAUGAGCACCCUAACAAUUGCCCUCCCCCACCCCAGACUGAGCGAGCUUUCCGUCUAGAGGCUGUGAGAUCCAUCUUCCUGUCUGCCUACAAUACCACCAUAAGCCAGAAAUCCUCAUCCCAGAGCCCGUCUGGAGCAAUCGGUGGCCUUUUGGAACAAUUUGCACGUGGCGUAGGACUUAGAGGACCCAGCACAAUAGUGUGACACAGACUGUUACACUGAGUUGAGGACCCUGGAAUCUAUAAGCCAUAUGUAAAGUUAAUGUUCACAAUCUAGAAGCCAUACAGAGACGACCCCCUCUAUCUGAACAUCCUUCCAUCACAUUGGACAUAAUUUGUAUAUCUUCUCUUUGAAUUACUGUGCUGCUAUAGGUCACUUCUGUUCAGCAAGGUGCUCUGCUGCUGGGAAUGUUAAAGUCUGACUUCUUGUUAAACAGAUCUGAGCAUAAAGAUCAAAGGGGAAUGUUAAGGGCUGACACUGAAUUUUAUUUAUUUUAUUUUACCCUUUUUUUUUUUUUUAAACCUACCACAUCAACUUCUGCAAUUUAUCUCACAACCCACAUAUGCCAGUCUUGUGUAUUAGAGAAUGGUAACCACUUCUUGUCCCCACCAAUCAUUCCACUGUUUGCAUUGGUUUGGUUUAUUUUAUUGUAGUGCAACUCUUAUCCUGCAUAACCAUCAUUGCAUUGAAAUGAAAUUGGUUAUUUAUCCCCAGUAGCCUUUGAAGGCUAAAUCAGUUGCCUAUAUCCAGGGAUCAGGGAUGCUUUAAAGUAAGACAUCAAGCACCAUAUCCACUACAGCACCUUGUAGUGGUUGUAACACCAAGAGCGUCUUUCUCCCUCCCAGGGUAAAUAGCGAAACCAUCUGACAGCUUACCUGAUUUCUGCCACAGUCUCCUCUUCCAGGAGAGCCGGAGACUCUCUGCAUUCGGCUAAGCAGAGUGGAGCUGCAGGGUUUAGCUCACUGGCUGAGGGUGAUCAGCUGACGCUCUCAGCCAAUGAGCCGAGUCAAGCACUUCAGGACUUUGCUCAGGGAAGUUAAUGUAUGCUCCAUGUAGAAGCUUCCAAUUCUCACUGAUGCUAUGAGUGAUGCCAGGCUAUCCUUAAUUUAUCAAACUGUUUUGACUACUUAUCCUGAGAGUGGUUAUGGUGCUUCGAAUAUUCCUUUUAAAAAAAAUAUCAAGACCUUGCACUGAAAAUAUCCUGACCCCUGCAGCCAUAUAGCCGCUGUUUCCUUAAUAAAACAAGUUUGUGUUUUUUUUUGUUUUUUUUUUAAACUAGAGCUCCCAUUUGCCUUUGACAGUUUGGCUGAUAGCAAUGUAAGUUGUGGUCUGACCACAAGCAGUUUGCCUGUUCCUGUUUUUUUAAUAGAUGACAUAACUUUGUUUUUUUUUCAUUUUGAAGUUGACCGAGAUGUACUGUUAUCACUGUUAACAAGUGAUUAUAAAGUCGCUACUCUAUCUAAACUAGGAUAUAAAGUAAGGAUGGCCAAAAGACAAAACCUAUUUUACAGAUGGCAAAGCAAGAGUUGUUCUAGUUCUGCAACCACUGGCGUUUACCUUUUUGACCACCCCUGAUAUAAUUUACUGCAAUAUUCUCUACAUACUAAAAACAGCUUAUUUGUAAACCUUUUCAGAUCUUCAUGGCAUACAUAGCUCCGAAACCUAGUUUCUUUUAGUUUCUCUAUUUUUGGGUUCAUAUGACCAUGUAUAUAUUUCCUUUGUAUCACUUUUGGCUUUUACCAUGCCAAAAUACAUGUUGAAUGUGAUAUACUCCAUAGAGAAGAAACAUGUAUCACAUUGAGCUGCCUAAAAAUGAAGAUCAAAAACUGCUUUGCUUUCCUGUUUUUUGAGGGAAUACUCCAAGCUCCAUAAACAGUACAGCUUGAUGUAGUGGUUAUGGUGCCAAGAAGGCCCUGGCAUCCUCCCAAACUAAGAAGUCAUUCUAUUGGAAACACUUCUACAAAUUUCUUGGAUCCUGCUAAACACCACCAGCAGGGCUGAGUGCUUUCAGACCCUGAGACUGGUGCUUUAUUGGGCCGUGCCCGCUUGGGGAGACAUCUGGCUUCUCUUACUGGAGGAGCAAGAUGCAGUGUGUCAAACUAUACUAAAAUGUGAAGGGCAUUUUUGGCACCAUAACUACUACAAACGGCUGUAGUGGUUAUGUUGUAUGGAGUCUUCCUGUAAAACACCGGGAAACAGGAAUGUUGCAGUAAAUGCUUUAUUCCUCAGUUUGGUAAUGUAGAUUAUAUGUACCCCAUAGGAAUAUUAACAGAGAAUUUAUUUUUUUUAUCUUUUUCGAGUCCUUUCAUUCUUCUAAUGUAAUUUAAUAUAAUCUGAAUCUCUACAUUGCUAUAUGGAACAAAGUUUGAUUACAAUGAGAAAAGUGAACGUAUCGUACUUUCAAAAGGGAUUUACUCGGGACAGUCACUCUCACCACUGUGCCCUUAGUAGUGCAACAGAUCUAAAUGCCCUAGGUCACUGAAGGAUUGUGCUGUUAGAUUUUGCUAAUAUGAUUUUUUAUUUUUUUUAUGUUGCCUAAUUACUGGAUUAUGAACUCAAUCACUUUUUUCUGUUUCACAAUCUUCGCAAUCCUUUUUAUAAAUCUGUAAGAAGCAAUCUAUUAAGCUGUGAAAUAAUCACUUUUCGUCUUUUACCUCACUUUAUCUUUUGUUUAGAUGGAAAUAUCAGAAAAUCUACUUUUUGCAGCUCAUUGUUUUCAGCUACUUGCAACAGUAUUCGAUACACCAUUUAAGUGCAUAUGCCGAUGUGCUUUAAAGGCUUAUUUUGAGGGUCAGUGCUUUUUAUGGAGGUACCAAACCCCAAAUUAAAUAGGUUCAACAUAAUAAGCUUAUUCAAACAAUUAUAAUGUUAACUGAAGCAAGAAAUUAACCAUGUCUCUGCUAGAAGCGAAAAUUGGUAAUCUACAUUGAAAAUUAUGGUGGCUAAUAGACAUUUGUUUUUUGUUUUUUUUGUUUUUUUUAUCUGGUGCCUAACUCUUUAAAUCCUAAAUUAAUAUUGAGCCAUACUAUAAAGUACUCAGUAACUCUAUCUGUUUUAAUAAAUUAUAUAUAGGACAAAAUAAAAGUAAGCAGUACAGUAAAAACAUUGACACCAUCCUAUUUUAAAAUUGACCCACUGUUCACGGAUGUCAUGCAUAGUCUUUGCAUGACAUCCGUAUAUAUACAUUUGGCCGACUUGCUCUGUCAUGCUUUAAUGAGGGUGUCUGUCAGUCAUUGAACUGUGCAGAAUGGUUGAUGUAGAUCAUUAUGAGACCAGCAGACCAAUGGCAUAGCUCCUAGACCCUGAUGCUGAACAGAAAGUGCUUCUGGGAAGAGUCUACUGCUCAACUGUUGAACAUUAAAUUGUUCAAUUUUAUAAAUGAAGAUUGCAUUUUUUUUGCAUGACUGUUUACAUGACUUUUACUUUGUUUUAUAUAAGCAAUUUAAUUUGGAAAAAAAAAAAAAUACUAGUGUUCCUUUAAGGAUUGAUUCAUUAGAAGUCAUUAACAUUGUAUACAUUUUAUGGCCACCAUUGUUAAAGUAAAAGGUCUGGUUGCUGGAAACCCAUAUGCUUAUGAUGGGUAAUAUCAAAAGAUGAUAUUGGUUAUCUCUUGACUCGAGUUGUACAAUUUUAAAUCAUUUGUU